AUGUUAGUCACUACAGAAAGAGAAGUUCUGGAAGAAAAUGAAACAGAGGGUGACCAACCAUGGCAGAAUGUUAGUCAGGAUGAAAGACCUGUACCUAUACCAACAGUAGAGGAAGUUAGGAAGGCAAUUAAAAGCCUAAGGAAUAAUAAGGCUCCAGGUAGCAACAACAUUUCAGCAGAGAUGAUCGAAAGUGGAGGUAAACAUCUAACAAGAUUGAUGAAGAAUAUUGAUCUGCCUUUUGUGAGAGGGAGUUUAGCUGAUGUGUCAUUAACAUCAUCUUCUUCUGAUACUUCUGCAGAGAGGACAGUUCUUCGAAGUGAUGAGAUUGAAGUAGAUUUCAGUGACCUUACUGAAGAAGACAAGUCACUUUCUGCAGAAGAUUUUGACAGUUUGAUUGUUACUAUGGAAUCUGAAAUUCAAGAUUUGGAAAGCAACUCCCUGGAUUCCCCAGACAUAGCACAGGUCACAGAAAGAGUGAACAUGUGGGAGGAUAAAAUGAAAGAAAUCAAUUUCAAACUGAAGAGAGAGACUGCCAAGACAAACAAUUUGAGAAAUAAUUUUGAAAAUAUUAAGAGAAGACGUCUUGAAGCAUUCAUGGCUUGCUUCAAACAUGUGUCAUCUAUGAUCAGUAAUAUAUACAAGGAUUUAAUGCAGAGUAACUUGUGUCAUGUUAUGCUGACACUUGAAAAUGAGGAGGAGCCAUACCUUGGUGGUGUACAAGUGUGCUUUGUAGAACAUGGAAAGCCUUGUAUUGGUAUGGCAUCAUUAUCAGGGGGUGAGGCUGUUAUGGCUGGACUUGCACUCACAUUUGCAUUACACAGCUUCUUACAGUCACCAUUGCUGAUAUUUGAUGAAGUGGAUGAUGCACUUGAUGCAAAUAAUAUUGACAGACUUGUGAGAUAUGUAAACAGCCACAAAGAUUCAAUGCAGAUUACAGUAAUCACUCUGAAUAAAAAGAUUGCCGCUGAGUGUGAUGUUAUUGUGGGAGUGUGCCCAAAUCAAAAAUUAAGUGGUGUUAUAGGUUGA